AUGCCUCGUCGUGUGUCCAACGCCCUUCUUAGCAGCUCACCUCCGACCCCCUGGCCGUCCUUUUCGCCGUCAGAAAAGGGCGGCAGCCUCGUCAACAAGACCUCUCAGAAAGCCAGCAAGAUCGCUCAAUUCUUUUCGACCUCACCUAAAACCAAAGAGGCUCAGUCUGCCGCGGCAGCGCUGCUGGCGGCGAGCAAAGCUCAAGAGCAGGCAUUCCUCGCUUCAGGGUCGCCACCUAUAAGCACACCUUCACUUUCAUUACCGAGCAUUUCCUUGUCAACGGCACGUGCGGAUUCAGCAAACAUGGACGAGCCUCCAACCACCCUUUUCCAACCGCCCUCCCCGGCCGAGGCGCGGAAGCUGCAACGCCAGCAUGCGCAAUUUGGCCCUCUGAAUUCACAGUCGCACAGAUAUACCAGUCGGCACCAGGGUGGCGAGUUUCCUGAACCCGUAAUGGACGAACCGCCCUAUUACUAUCUUUUGACCACCUACAUUUCUUAUUUGAUCCUCAUAAUAUUUGGGCACGUCAGAGACUUCUUCGGCAUGAAACUGAAGGAGGACGCCUACCGACACCUGAAAGCACGGAAUGGCUACGCCGCUUUGAAUAGUGACUUUGACAAUUUCUACGUUCGGCGAUUGAAGAUGCGCAUCAACGAUUGUUUCAACAGGCCUACUACCGGAGUCCCGGGUCGAUACAUCAAUCUGCUAGACCGCACCUCCGAUGACGGAAAUGUUCACUUCACCAUGACCGGUACGACUACGGAGACUUUGAACAUGAGUUCCUACAACUACCUUGGGUUUGCCCAAUCGGAAGGCCCUUGCGCCGACUCAGUUGAAGAAACAAUCAGGAAAUAUGGCCUGUCUACCUCCAGCUCCAGGAGCGAGGUGGGCACAUCUGAGCUCGCUGUGGAAUGUGAGGCCCUCAUUGCCGAGUUUGUGGGCAAGGAGUCGGCCAUGGUAUUCUCCAUGGGUUUCGGCACGAAUGCCUCCAUUUUCCCUGCGCUGGUUGGCAAAGGCGACUUGAUCAUUUCCGACGAACUCAAUCACGCGUCAAUCCGUUUCGGGUCGAGACUUUCGGGCGCCAUGAUCGCAUCGUUCAAACACAAUGAUAUGGCGGAUCUUGAGGACAAGCUCCGGGAUGCUAUCUCCCAAGGACAGCCUCGCACCCACCGACCCUGGAAGAAAAUCCUUGUCGUGGUCGAAGGCCUGUAUUCUAUGGAAGGGACUAUGUGCAACUUGCCGGGCCUCAUCAGAUUGAAGAGAAGAUACAAGUUUAACCUCUUUGUCGAUGAAGCUCACUCGGUCGGCGCUCUCGGGCCACGCGGAAGAGGUGUGUGCGACUACUUUGGAAUUGACCCCGCAGAGGUCGAUAUCCUCAUGGGAACGCUCACCAAAUCCUUCGGUGCUAACGGCGGAUACGUCGCUGGUGACAAGGCCGCUGUCGACAAACUGCGACUGAGCAAUGCCGGCACUGUUUAUGGCGAAGCCCCCGGUCCUGCAGUCCUUGCCCAGAUUAUCGCUGCCUUGAAACUUAUCAAUGGCGAUCUGAACCCAGGCCAAGGCGAAGAGCGGUUGCAAAGAAUUGCAUUCAACUCCCGGUAUCUCCGACUUGGCCUUAAGCGCCUAGGCUUUAUUGUGUACGGUCACGACGAUUCACCUAUCAUUCCGCUCAUGCUUUACAAUCCUGCCAAGAUGCCUGCCUUCUCGCAUGAGAUGCUCAAGCGUAAGAUCUCGGUGGUCGUUGUGGGAUAUCCCGCUACGCCAUUGAUCUCCUCUCGAGCACGUUUCUGCGUCUCAGCCGCUCACAACAAGGGGGAUCUCGAUCGCUUCUUAUCGGCCUGUGAUGAAAUCGGCAACGUCUUGCAGCUCAAGUUCGCGAGUGGCAUCGCUGGCGGUGCCCCUCCACUGCCGGACGGUGUGACCUGGGAGAUGGAGCAGAGCCGCAAGCGGUUGGAAAAGCAUGACAAAGUGGCGAAGUCACUGGUCCUCCAACCGCGGUGGAGCUUGGACGAAGUCAUCAAGCGUGGUGUCCAGGAUGUGAAGGUGCCGUUGCGAUGA